AUGGCAUUGGAGAAAACAGUAUCAUCAACCAGUUUGAGAAACCUCGUCACCUUCCCUCAAAACCCUAAUUUCAUACCCAAAAUUUUCACUACACUUCCUUCCAAACUCACCAAUAGAAACUUCAACUUUAGCCUAAAGUUAAACUGCUUCAAUUCCACCCCCAAUGUAUCAUACCCUAAACCCUCCGAAAUUCCAUGGAACAAGGAACUCUGCAACUCCGUCAAUUUAAUCGGUUUCGUCGGAAACCCCGUCGAAAUCAAACACCUUCCCUCCGGUAAAUCCGUCGCCUGGACUCGCCUCUCCGUCAAGAAAAACGCUACGCAAACGUCAUGGAUUCAUUUGACGUUUUGGGAUGAACUUGCUCAUGUUGCUUCUCAGCAUCUUCAGAAAGGUCACCAAAUUCAUGUUUCUGGUCGGCUUGUUACUGACACUGUUGAUUCUGGGGAAGGAAAACAACAAACUUACUACAAGGUUGUUGCUCAGCAGGUGAGUUUCAUUGAUAGGAGUGAGUUGCCUGCGCCUUCGCAUGAUAAGGACUUUGAUUUCAUAACAUCUGAUGAUGGUAAAAAGAGUUAUGCUGCAAGUAAUAUGACUGGUUCUGUAGUGGAAUUAUGGCAAGUUUUCUUUGCUAACCCAGGGGAGUGGUGGGACAAUAGGCUGAACAAGAGGAACCCUAAAGCUCCUGAUUUUAAGCACAAAGAUACUGGAGAAGCUCUGUGGAUUGAUGGUAGAUCCACUCCACCAUGGGUCAAAUCUCAAUUGGAAAUAUUAGACACGAGGAUGGGGUCGCAUACCAGUCAAAAUGGUAGAAUGGCGGUAAAUAUGGUGACCCCAGAUGAAAUACUGUCUUUCUAA